CACAAAUACAAUGCAAUUUCCCCAUUCCCAUCUCCCCUCUUCUACCGAUCAAAGUCCCAAACCCCGUGCCCUCCUUCCAUUUCCCAUUCCCAUUUCCCCUCUUCCACCGAUCAAAGUCCUAAACCUCGUUCCUUUUUGCAUUAAUUGAAAAACAUUUGUUUUCUUGUCAUGGCCAUUUCUUUUUUGCAUUGAUUUCCUAUUGUCUUUCAAUUUCUUUUUCCCUUUUCCCCUUUAAACAUCCAGCUGCAUUUACGGUUGCUUCUUCAAAUCUGUAGAAUGUGCUUAUGAAUUGAUGAAUGAAGAAGGGACAAAACUAGGAGAAGGUACUCUUUCUACUAAGGUGAUAUUGUGAUUGUAAUAUAUGGCAGCAGUGCCUAAACAGACAAGUAUGGCUAUAAAGUCUUACAAAAAUCAGGCUCAGAUGUUGGUUAAGAAUUACUUAUUAGCUGAUCCUUUCGCUCCUUAUACUUCCAUCCUCGGUGGCAUUCUUGCUUUCAAAGUGGUCUAUGAUCUGGCUGACUUAAUCAACAACUUUUACAUCAAGACUUACCCUAGUCUUACUAAAAUUCAACGAGUAGAUUGGAACAAUCGUGGCAUCUCUAUAACUCAUGCCAUUUCUGUUUCUGCUUUGUCAUUGUACUUCAUUUUCUGGUCAGACCUCUUUUCUGACCCACAUCUUAUGGGUCUUAUGGUCUUCCGAAGCUCACAACUCUCUACUUUUGGAUUAGGGGUAUUUUCAGCUUUUGGAUUUGUGCAUAAGAUUACUACCUUGGAGAAGACAGUUGGAUUUCAGUCAGGGAUAUAUAUAUUGAAUGGGGACUGGUGCUAUUGAAGUAGGGGAGACUCCAUUUGACUCCUAUCCUAGUUCCUUUGAGGUACCAGGUGGCUAGGGGAGAGGGAGGCCAUGCCCUAGGCCGAUGGCCGGAAAUCUCGGAGGGUAGGUGUGCAAGUAGCUGCCAGAAGGACUAAACUGCAAUUGCAGCAAAACUUCUAGGGUCAAAAUGUAAUUUUAUGAAAAUUUAGGGUCAAAAUGUAAUUUAAAUAAAGUUUAGGGGUUAAAAUGUAAUUUCAAGAAAUUUUAAAGGUUGAAAUGUAAUUACAAGAAAGUUUAAGGGUUAAAAU